CCUCCGCCAUGGACGAGGGCAGAAAAAUCACCACAUGUACACUCAAAACUCCCCCGAAUUCGCUCUUCUUGAGCUCUUUUCCUCCCCACUCUGAAAAUUUCCACACGCUGAAAAUUAAGCUCAGAAAAAGACUUCCAAAACUCCAAACUUUGUGCGGGCCACCGUCUACUCAACCACGUCCACAUCCCCCCUCCUCCCCUUCCCAAAACUCAAACUCAAAUCCUGCCUUUCAGGCAACUAAUCUCUUCUAUAAAUCCCAGCCCCAACAAUCCCCUCCCAAACCAACCACAUGGCCUCUCACAGCCGCAGAAGACCAGGCUUACAAAAAGCAAUGGCCACAGCAGAUGCAAUCUCGUCUUACUUAGCUUUGGGGCUUGCUCUGCUGAUGCUAAUGAGCACAAUUAGGCCGCCGAGCUCUGCCGUGGAGGAUCGAGAGCUCUUUCGUGGCGCCAAGCUGGGCGGGCUUCGGCCGUGCGAUGAAUUAUAUGUGGUGGGCGAAGGGGAGACUCUUCAUACCAUUAGUGCAAAGUGCGGAGACCCUUAUAUUGUUGAGCGAAAUCCACAUGUUAAUGAUCCUGAUGACGUAUAUCCUGGUCUUGUGCUUCAGAUUUUCCCUUCAGAGCCCAAGUAGGAGAAAGGAGGACGAAUCUCCGAUUGUUAGUGUGAAAUAAAUCUUCUGUAUGUGGCCAGGAAUCAGGAGUUAGAAUACUGAAAAGGUUAAGUUGGUCAGCAGCUUUUUGUUCUGUUUCUGAUAGAAGUGAAAAGGGAGAGAUUAGCGUAGAUCAUAGUUCUUGCUGUGUUGCUACAUCUGAUUUGUUCUGUACGC